AUGCCGGCCAACGCCACGUUUUUGUGCCUAUCCUUUGCGGACAGGGUUCAGCAGAAGCGUGUUCUUCUCCACGGGACCGAUGACAUUUCAGCAGCUGUUCAGCUACUUACUACGGAGGUAAAUCAACUGACAUCUGAGAUCAAUCAACUUACUACUCAGAACAACCAGCUGACUAAUCAGAAUAUUCUAGGUGAUGUUUACGUACGAUGGGGACGUACAGUAUGUCCAGCGAAUGGAACCGAUCUUGUUUAUACAGGUUACGCUGCGGGAAAUUUUUACAGUCAAAAUGGAGCUGCAGACAUCCUUUGUUUGACAUCGGAACCUAUCUGGGGUGCUUAUGACGACACCGCACAAAGCUAUUCAUCUAAGGUCUAUGGAACUGAAUACGAGUUUGAUCUUUACACGAACGGAGGAGCACAGUUUUUUGGCAAGAAUCUUCAAAACCAUGACGCUCCUUGCGCAGUCUGUCACACUUCUCGACGAACCACUGUCAUGAUCCCAGGCAGAAACCAGUGUUUUCCCGGAUGGACAAAGGAAUACUCUGGAUAUCUGGUAUCUACAUUGUCUGGAUAUUCAGGUUACACAUCCUCUUCAAACUACGCAUGCUUGGAUUUAGAAGCCGAGUUUGAAAGUGCGGAUUAUGAAAACAAAAAUGGAAAGCUUAUGUACCUUGUCGAAGCCAUAUGUGGAUCACUUCGAUGUCCACCCUAUGUGAAUUAUCGUGAAUUAACAUGUGUUGUGUGCAGCAAAUAA